CGUCACGCGCGUCACGACUCGCUCGCGCGCUGUCGCUGUCGCGGCAGCGCGGCGGCGGGCUCGCGCGGCGCGGCGGCGCGUUGCGCGCGGACGAUCGCGUCGGCGUCGGCGGCGUCCACGCGCAUCAUCAGCAUCAACAUGGACAUCGUCGUCGCGCCUCGUCGCCUCCCUCUUCUUUCUCGUCGUCGUCGCCGCCGCCGUCCUACCUCGGCGGCUCCCCCGUGCUCGCGGACGGGAACGUCAGCAUGGAGUGCCCGACGUUCUGCGUCUGGGGCGCGAACACCGCGGUCGGGAAGACGCUCGUGUCCAAGGGGUUGGCCGAAGCCGCCGCGCGCCGCUCGCUGCCGUGCUUUUACCUCAAGCCCGUCCAGACUGGAUUCCCGGACGACUCGGACGCGGACUUCGUAGCGAGGGGGCGCACGGCGACGACGAUGGGCGCGCACGCCGCCGUCGCCGCGGGCAUCGAGCGCGGCGGGACGUCCUCGCCGAUCGCGGACGGCAGCGGCGGCGACGGCACGUGGUCGCACACCGAGUUCGCGUGGGCGCGAGCGGUGGGGCCGCAUCUCGCCGCGCGCGAGGAGGGCCGCGGCGUCGCCGACUCGGAGGUGCUGCGCGCCGUCACCGCGCAGCUGUCCGAGUUUUCGGACCACGUCGGGAGCGCGCUGCGGCUCUCGUUCACGUCGCUCACGGGCGACGAGCGCCCGAGCGGCGUCGCGCUCGUGGAGACCGCGGGCGGGGUGUGCUCGCCGGCGCCGUCGGGCGCGUUGCAGUGCGACGUCUUGCGACCGCUGCGACUGCCGGCGAUCCUCGUGGGGGAUCCGAAGCUCGGCGGGAUCUCCACGACGAUCGCGUCGCUCGAGACGCUCGCCGCGCGCGGGUACGACGUCGUCGCGAUCGUCAUGAGCGGCAGCGCGUGCGGCAACGUCGACGCGGUGGAGCAGUACGCGAGCGAAUUUAAUCAGGUGGGAGGCGGGGAGGACGCGCGCGGGAUCCCGACGUUCGCGCUCCCGCCCGUGCCGGAGCGGCGGAUCGUGGGGGACGUCGUCGGCCACGGGCGCGAGAUUUACGAGUGGUUGGACGACGGGCGGGACGUCUUCGACGCGCUUCUGACGCACGCGACGAGUUGGCACAGAGAGCGCGUGCGCAAGAUGCGAACGGCGCCCGACGAGGCGUUGCGGACGCUGUGGUGGCCGUUCACGCAGCACGACGCGACGCCGCGGGAAAACGUCACCGUGAUCGACUCCCGAUGCGGCGAAGACUUCGGCGUGUACUCCCCCGACUCGAACGCGAUCGAGCUGCGAUUCGACGGCGCCGCGAGCUGGUGGACGCAGGGCGCGAGCAAGGCGGAGCAGACGAGGCUGGUUCGCGCGGCGAGCGCGGCGGCGGGGAGGUACGGGCACGUGAUGUUCCCGGAAAACGUUCACGCGCCGGCGCUGGACGCGGCGUCGGAGCUCCUGAAGGGCGCCGGGCGGGAUUGGGCGACGAGGGUGUUUUACAGCGACAACGGCUCGACCGCGAUGGAGGUGGCGGUGAAGAUGGCGAUCCGGACGUACUUCGUCAGGAAAGGGUUCAUACCGAGCCCGGAGAAGGCGUCGGACGCCGCGGAUUUUUUACCCCAAGUCCGCGUCCUCGCGCUCGACGGGUCGUACCACGGCGACACGCUGGGCACGAUGGACAUGCAAGCGCCGUCGGUGUUCACCGGUCCGCUGCAGACGCCGUGGUAUAAACCGCGAGGGAUCUUCUUGCGCCCGCCCACGUUGCAGAUGCGCGAAGGCCGCUGGGUCGUGAUCCAGCCGGAGAGAGGGCCGCUUCCCGGCGGCGGCGGAUUAGCCGCGGGCUGGGCGACGCGCGAAGAGGCGUUCGAUCACGAGACGCGAGACGAGACCCCGCUCGCGAAGGCGUACCGCGCUGUCGUGGACGCCGCGCUGGACGAGGCGGAGGCGGACGCGAAAGAGAACGGCGCGCCGCCCGUCGCGGCGCUCGUGAUGGAGUGCGUGCUCCACGGCGCCGGCGGCAUGGACCUGAUCGAUCCGACGUUCCAACGCGCGACGAUCCAGGCGUGCCGCGCGCGCGGGCUCCCCGUCGUCCUCGACGAGGUCUUCGCGGGAAUCUGGAGGCUCGGCGCGGAGGGCGCGUGGGAGCUCCUCGGGGAGAAGCCGGACGUGAGCUGCUACGCGAAGCUCUUCACCGGCGGGCUGACGCCGCUCGCGGCGACGGCGACGACGGAGGAAGUUUUCGACGCGUUUCGAGGUCCGACGAAGCAAAACGCGCUGUUGCACGGGCACUCGUACACGGCGUACCCGAUCGGCUGCGCGGUGGCCGCGGAGGCGCAGCGGAUGUAUCGCGACCCUCUGAUAAACGACAACCUCGUCGAGAUGGGCGGUGGCGACGCUCGCGCGGCACUCAGAGAGCUGUGGGACGAGCACGCGGCGCGCGCGAUCAGCGCGCUGCCGUGUGUCAAGGGCGUCACGGUCAUCGGGUGCGUGCUCGCGAUCGAGCUCGAGGAUAGCGUCGGCGGCGGCGGGGGCGGAGGAGGGGGGUACUCGUCCACGGCGGCGCGAGACGUCGUGUUGAGACUCCGCGCGCGGUCGAUUCAGGCGCGGCCGCUGGGGAACGUGCUGUACCUGAUGUGCGCGCCGACGACGGACCCGGCGCGGUGUUACGAUUUGAUACGCGAGGUGUGGACCGAGCUGAGCAUCGUCGCCGCGGGGGACGACGACGACUGGUAG